UAGGAAUCAAGGCAGAGUUGAGAUCGCCAUUCCUUUUAUCAAAAGAAGAGUAAUUGGCAAAUGCUGGAAGUUAUAUUCAUGGCGGAUAUGGAUAUAAAUACAGCAGUCUGCAUGCGACGCUCAUACAGACAUUAACAGCAGCCAAACACCGAACAAAUCAAUAACGUCUACUCAUUAUACAAAAAAAAGAAAAAAAAGAAAAAAAAGAAAAACUCACAAGAUAGAGCCGUCAGAAUGAGAUUCACAGCCGCCACCGCAGUCUCUCUUCUCGCGGGCAGCGCAAUCGCUGCCCCCGCAGACAUGAACAUGAACUCCAGUAAGGCGGCCGACAUGUCCACAGAUGCCUCCUCAAUCACCAAUAUCCGUCUGGCCGACAUGUUCAGCGAGCGCCAGAUGGCUGUUCUCAAGGUCCUCUCCAAGCACCAACAGGAGCUGGGAAUGAGCCAGGAGGAGAUGCAAAUGAUGGACGCCUUCAUGGCCGCGCUCCACGGCGACGCUGCCGGUAAUGUCAAGAGAGAUGAUCCAGCUCCAGUUGACGCUGUAGAUACUGCUCCUGUUGACGCUGCAGAUACUGCUCCUGUUGACGCUGCGGAUACUGCUCCUGUUGACGCUGCGGAUCCUACUGUCACUCCUACUUCCGCCAACUCCACUGCUCUGGACAUCCUUGACGGUGUGAUUGCUGCUUUGACUGCGGCCGGCUCUAAUGCGGCGACUCCCGUGGCUGGAGCUGAUACAACUGGCGUUAACAGCACCGCUGCUGGCGCUCUCGGCUCGUCAACGGGCCUUCUCAGCAUCCUUAAGGGCAUCCCAGUCUUGGGAGCUCUGCUGGGAACUGCGACAAGCACUGCUGGAGGAGCAACCUCUGGGCUGGGAUCUGCGACUUCUGGACUUUCUAAUCUCACUGGUGGAUGUGCUGGAGGUCUGGGGGCCCUGACUGGCGGUUUGGGAGGUUUGAAGGGAGGUCUGGGAGGCCUUACUGGUGGUCUUGGACUGUUGGGUGGUCUUAACAAGGGCGGCCUGCUGGGCGGCAUUCUUAUUCCGGGUAUUUUGUAAAUCGUUGUCUUUGUGCUUGACGGACAGUAAAGAGGUUUGCUUUUAGUAUUUGGUGAGGCAAAAGAAUGUAUGAAAUGAAGGAAUUUUAGGGAGAGAAAUUUGAAUCAAUAUAUGAUAAUGAUGUU